AUGCAACGGCCUGUUCCCGGUCAGGGACCUGAUUCGGCGCCUCAGAAUCUCCCUCAAGGUCCCCCUCAGGGAGCUGGUCCAACUCCUCCUGGCUAUCCUCAACAACCACCAUUCCAACAGGGCUUCUACCCACCUUACGGACAGCGAUUCGGACCUCCUCCUCCAUUCCCCCCUGGUCCCGGUUUCCCGCCAUACGGUGCUGCUCCUCCAGGGUGGUACCCUCCCCCAGGUCACGGAUUCCCCCCUGGACCUGGUCAAUUCCAGCCCCCAAUGCCAAUGGACCCCAGUCAGCAGCCAGGUGCUCAGCGCCCGGGGCCCCCUGGUGCCGCUACUGCGCCUCAAACCGUUACCUCCGAGCUGCCUUCCGCAGAAAAAGCCAACAGCCGCAACGCGACCCCCGCCGCUCAAAAGGCACCCACCCCGCCGGUCGAGUCUAAGCCCUCUGUCGCUGAAGCUACUGCUCCUGUCACUGCUACACCUCAAAAGAGCGGCCGGGUCAUGCCUGCCAUCCCGAUGGCUGUCCCGCGCCAGGCCGCCCCGGUUCCCCAGAUCCCCAGCGCCCCUCGCGGAAACAACCAGCAAGUGACCGACGCCACUGCGGCUGCCACCGCCGCAGUGGCCGCUGCCAUGGCCAAACUUCCUCAACCCGGUGCCCACAAGCAGUCUGGCCAGCCCGAUGGUGCCAUCGACGGUCUCACGCAAAAAAUGGGACACAUGCGCCCUUACGACAACAACCGCGUUCCACGCGGCGGCCAUCAGCAGCCCCGUGGCGGUCGCGGAGGCUCUCGACCCCAGCAGCAGCACAAGAAGAUUGAAGUUCCCCAGUCCGAUUAUGAUUUCCAAACCGCCAACGCCAAGUUCAACAAGCAGGACCUUGUCAAGGAGGCCAUCGCUACUGGAGUCCCCGCUGCCGAAGCCGAGGCGCACGCCGCGGACGAAGUGGACUCAUUUGAAACCAUGUCCAAUGGCGGAAGUUCCAACCCUGGAUACAACCGUGGUUCCUCUUUCUUCGACAAUAUCUCCAGCGAGGCCCGUGAUCGCGAGGAAAACACCGCCCGUGUUGGAGGUCGCGAAUGGCGCGGAGAGGAAGAGAAGCGCAACAUGGAGACCUUUGGACAAGGUAGCGUUGAUGGCUACCGUCCCAACUACCGCGGACGUGGCCGUGGCCGUGGCCGCGGUUUCGGCCGUGGUCGCGGUGGCUAUGGUCGUGGCUACGGCGGUGGCCGUGGUGGUAUGCGGGGUGGUGCCUCGCAGUCCACCGGCGUCCCCUCGCAGGUGUAA